CUUCUUUAGUGUUGGGGAGCCCAGGAAAAGCUUCAGGACGAGAGUUGGGAAACUCGGCGAGUUGGGGUGUCGGUGUGUGGCAGUGAGUGGGCCGAGCCGAGAGGAAGCGAGAGCGCCCGAGUUUGCAGAGAGCUGCUUUGUGUUUGAACACAGUUAUGGCCACCCAGGUAAUGGGACAGUCUUCCGGAGGAGGAGGGCUGUUCCCCAGCAGUGGUAGUAUCGGCAUGGCCUUGUCUAAUGACAUGUACGACUUGCCUGAUCUCUCCAGAGCAGAACUGGCUGCACCUCAGCUCAUCAUGUUGGCAAAUGUGGCCCUAACUGGAGAAGUAAAUGGCAGCUGCUGUGAUUACCUGGUUGGCGAAGAAAGACAGAUGGCAGAAUUGAUGCCUGUUGGGGAUAACAAUUUUUCAGAUAGUGAUGGAGAAGGACUUGAGGAGUCUCCUGAAGAGAAAGGUGAACACAGUGGACUGGAAAACAUGGAACUGGAGAGUUUGGAACUCAGUGUUGUGGAACCACAGCCUGUGUUUGAGGUAUCAGCUGCCCCAGAAACGUACAGCUCAAAUGAAGAUCUUCCUCCAGAAACACCUGUAGCAGAGGACAAAUGCAAGAACUUGAAGACCAAACCCUUUCGCUGUAAACCAUGCCAAUAUGAAGCAGAAUCUGAAGAACAGUUUGUGCAUCACAUCCGAGUUCAUAGUGCCAAGAAAUUUUUUGUGGAAGAAAGUGCAGAGAAGCAAGCAAAAGCCAGGGAAUCUGGCUCUUCCACUGCAGAAGAGGGAGAUUUCUCCAAGGGCCCCAUCCGCUGUGACCGCUGCGGCUACAAUACCAAUCGAUACGAUCACUAUACCGCUCACCUGAAACACCACACCAGAGCGGGGGAUAAUGAGCGAGUCUACAAGUGCAUCAUUUGCACGUACACCACAGUAAGCGAAUAUCACUGGAGGAAACACUUGAGAAACCAUUUUCCAAGGAAAGUAUACACAUGUGGAAAAUGCAACUAUUUUUCAGACAGAAAAAACAACUAUGUUCAGCAUGUUCGAACUCAUACGGGCGAACGCCCAUAUAAAUGUGAACUUUGUCCUUACUCUAGUUCUCAGAAGACUCACCUAACCAGACAUAUGCGUACUCAUUCAGGUGAGAAGCCAUUUAAGUGUGACCAGUGCAGUUAUGUGGCCUCUAAUCAACACGAAGUAACCCGCCAUGCAAGACAGGUUCACAAUGGGCCUAAACCUCUUAACUGCCCACACUGUGACUACAAAACAGCAGAUAGAAGUAAUUUCAAAAAACACGUAGAGCUACAUGUGAAUCCACGGCAGUUCAAUUGCCCUGUAUGCGACUACGCAGCUUCCAAGAAGUGCAAUCUGCAGUAUCACUUCAAAUCUAAGCAUCCUACUUGCCCUGAUAAAACAAUGGAUGUCUCAAAAGUGAAACUGAAGAAAACCAAAAAGCGAGAGGCUGACUUGCCUGAUAACAAAAUUACUGAUGAGAAAACAGAAACAGAGCAGACGAAAGUAAAGGGGGAUGUGUCUGGGAAGAAAAAUGAGAGGUCUGUAAAAGUGGAGAAAAAAGAUAAUGUUUCAAAAGAGAAAAAGCCUUACAGUAGUGCCUCAACCCAAGUGGCUACCAGAACUCGCAAAUCAGCCACGGAAACUAAAGAAGUAGAUGUGCAUACAGGAAAUAACUCAGAAAAAACCUUUAAAACCAAGAAAAGCAAAAGGAAGAUGGAAGCUGAAGCCCAUUCCUUGCAAGAUCCUGUUAAUGAUGAGGAACCUGUGACAAAAAAGAAAAAGAAGGCAGAAAGCAAAUCCAAAAAUAGUCAGGAAGUGCCAAAGGGUGACAGCAAAGUAGAUGAGAAUAAAAAACAAAAUAUUUACGUGAAAAAAGGUACGAAGAAGAAGACUCUGAAAAAUAAACCAUGUAAAAAAAGCAGCAAGCCUGCUCAGAGGGAGACUGUUCAGAGGAGGCCUUCUCAGGUGGAGCCUGCGCAGGUGGGGCCUGCGCAGACAGAGCCUCUGCCUCCCACGGCAUCUGCUCAGGGGGGGCCUGUUCAGACGGAAGCAACUCCCCCUGUGGGGCCUGCUGAGGUCGAGAUUGUUCAGAAGGGGCCUGUGCACAUGGAGCCUCCUCUUCCCAUGGGGCCUGCUGAGGUCGAGGUUGUUCAGAAGGGGCUUGUUGAGAUGGAGCCUCCUCCCACGGAGCUGAUCCCCAAAAGGUCUCCUCGAAAAGAUAAUAAGGAAAAGUCCAACAUGCAGGGUGAAGUGGCACAGAAAGAGCAGGUCCUUAUUGAAGUUGGCUUAGUGCCUGUUGCAGAUAGGCUGCUUCUAAAGGAAAGCGCUGGUACACAGGAUCUCUCAGCACCGUCACCACCUCUGCCAAAGGAAAACGUAAAGGAAGAGAAGACAAAAGACCAAAAAUUAUUCACUGCAGACGAAGGAGAUAAAGAAGCCCCUCUUCAAAAAGUGGAAGCAGAAGAGGCAGAUAAGAGUCUGGCUGGUCUUGCUGCUGUUACCAAGGAAUCUGCCCCUAUUUCAUCCUCUGAACAAAACUUGAAUUUGCCAGAGGGUGAAACUUCAAAUGGUGGACAUCAGGCUGACACUGUGCUUUGUGAAAUGGAAGUGGAUACUGAGGAGAACAAAACAGAGAAUCCCUCUGGCAGAGACUUGGCAGUUGAAGAGCCAGUUCCACCACCGCUUCUUCCUCUGCCACUGGAGAAACAUGAAGCAGUGUCCAAAACUGCUGUAGCAUCACCUCCUGUCACCGUGGCAGUAAAUGAGUCUCAGGAAAUGGAUGAAGAUGAAGGCAUCCAUAGUCACGACGGAAGUGACCUAAGUGACAACUUGUCAGAGGAUAGUGAUGAUUCUGGAUUGAAUGGGGCUCGGCAACUUCCACAAGAAGCUAGUAGCAAGAAUGCAAAGGAAGCCUCGGCAGUCAAGGUGACUGAGGGAGAUUUUGUUUGUAUCUUCUGUGAUCGGUCUUUUAGAAAGGAGAAAGAUUACAGCAAACACCUCAAUCGCCAUUUGGUUAAUGUGUACUUCCUUGAAGAGGCAGCUCAAGGGCAGGAGUAGUUAAACUUUGGAGAAAGCUUCAGUUCUUAAUUUGUAAGGUCUAUGACAUUUUAUCUUCAUUUGUAGUUGCAGACAACUUUUUGUUUUUAAAAUUGCUUUAAUAAGUGUUCAAUCUUGAGUUUUAAAUGGCACUCUUAGGACUCUGUAUACCUACUGAUAUGUAAAUUUUAGUAAAUCCAAGGGAGUUAGUGUGCUAAACCAGCAGAUACCUAAAUCUGUUAGCUUAUGCAUUUAAUUGAACCAGUAAGGCCCAGGUGAUAUUACAUAUUCUAUUGCUUUGCCCAGAUACAACUUCUCAGUUUUUUUCCCAUGUCUGUCUUCCUCUUUCACUUUGUUUAUUCUUAGUUCCUUUUUUAGCUCUAUAAAAAUUGGCAUACUCAAGCAAUUUGAGUAUUUGCCUGCUUUAUAUAAAGUUAGCACUUUAAAAUUGUUUUAGUGAUGAGAAGAGACAUUUAAAUUGAAGAGAAAUUCUCCCAACAAUGGACAUUGUAUCAGUCCAGGUAUUUACUUCUUGAGUUUUGAUCAAAUGUACUUAUUUGUGUAUAUGUUAAUCAUCAUAAAAAACAUUGAUUUUGGUGUGUUUUUUAAUUUUGGUGCUUUAAUGGCUUAAUACGUUGCACAUUUAAAAAAUCUAUGCAGUUACAUUUUUUGUAGAAAUAGCAUUUGUGUUGAACAGUGAUACUUUAUACAUGUAUUUUCCUGUAUUUUUUUCCUCUUUGGAGGGAUGCUUUUAAUCUUGUUUGCAAAAGGGCAGGUUUUUUGUUAUGUUUUGUUUUGUUUUUCUUUGCUGCAACUUUCUUUUUUUCCAGAUUAUUAGUGUGUGCAUAUUUGUGAGCAAAUGAAACAUGCAGGUUCAAUUCAUUGAUUCUGAUAUUCACAUCUAUGCCAGAACCUGCAUUUCAUGUAAGUUAUUUAUUUUAAGUGGAUGUUGUGAAUUCACAGCUCUCAGUUUGAACUUUACAGUAAAUGAACUACUAGGCUCUAUGUGGAAUGGAUUUUUAUCCCAAAUACCAACCAUCAGUAAAAAAUUUUGACCUGUUUUAGUAUAACUGCUUCCUACAUGUAUAGUUGUUAGGUUAUAUCCUUGAGGAAAAUCUUUUUUCAUAGAUGGUUGGUGUUUAUUUGUCUACUCAGCUGAAUAAAGAACUGUAAAUGAUAUUUGGAAAUACAAACCUGGAAUUAGGAGACGUAAUUACUCUUUCAGGUUAUACAGAAUAUGCUUGUGAGAUUCCAAAGCCAUAGCAAUUAUAUGGAAAACCUAGGAUAAGAAAGGUAGUGUGAGUGCUGGUAGACCAGCUGCAACUUCCUAUGAAUACAAUGAAAAAAGGCUGGUGAAACUUAAGUACAGUCCAGAUUAAAAAUCACACUUCUCAGGGAUCUCCACCUACUUGUGGGUGUCCUGGCUGUUCCUGUGACUGCCUUUUUCUCCAGGUGAGGCCUCAGUGAAUUGCAGCUGUUCUGGUGUUCCUAUGGGGACACUUUGUAUGGAGGAAUAUGUACUCCCAGGCUUUGUUGGUAGGUUCUUUAGCCAGUCAUCAAAGACUAUGAAGGAGUCUAACAAAGAAUUUUUCUUGUUGAUAGCAGUUAUUCAUUGUAAUCCAGUAAAGUAUGAUCCCAGUAGGGAACCUUGAACAGUUUAGAUCCUCCCAUGUUGUAUUCUGAAAUAACCACUCUGUAUUUCAUUUAUUUUCUUUUGUCUGGUGAUCUCUGAGGCAGGAUUCAGAGUUUGGCAAUGCAACAUGAAAGUAGGAAAAGUAUUGAAGUGUGGGUGGAAAACUUGUUAAAAAUCUGAAAGUUUGAAGUUUAAGCUAAAAGGCAUUUGAAUUUGGAAUUGACUGGGAGGCCAAAGAUUUAAAGAAGUGGAAGAUUCUCUCAAGACAUGAGGAGUAAGUUGUAUUUUGCUUGUUUGUUUUGUGUGCAUGAUGGAGAUUUGUAAAUGAUGUUGAACUCUGGGUGAAUUCUCAGCUCCGACAAUCAUUGUCAACAGAAAAUCAAGCUGCAAAUAUUUAUGGUUUAAAUCUUAAAUUAUAAGUCUAGUUAAAUCUUUCUAACAACUAGUUUUAAUGUUCAUGGGUACAUUUUGUGUAAGUUACUUUUUACAGUAUAUAUGAAAAGAUUCAUGCUGAGUACAAAUUAUAGAUUGGAGAUCAGUUUGGGGAAUAGGUUUUUGUGGAUUUGUUGAUACUUUAAAAGAAAAAGAUUUGAUUUCUGAGGAAUUGGACCAAUUUUCUUAUCUAAAUUUUAAGGGAGAAUGCCCAAAGCAGAAGUAUGAAGGAAAUUACAACCCUUUAUUAAAGUGAUCCGUGAAAAUAUUUUUACUGGAAUUUGAGUGGACUUGAGUCCUUGAUUCCAGAAAAUAAGGAUUUGAUUGUCAGGCCUAUAUUAGGUUCUGAACCUUAAUGCCAUGUAUUUGUACUUAUUAAAAAUUGUUUCAGUGAAAACUAUGUUAGUAAUAUGAACUUCUGGUCUAGUUGGGAGUUCAUUUGAAAAAUGUGAUAUUUGCAUGGGACUGUUUGAAUCUUUUUGUUUUUUCAGUUUCCCCUCCUGGAUAGGAUUGAAGCUAGAAUUUUCCCUUUUGAUAAAGGAAUAAAAACUAAACACAUUAUUUGUAAAUUAAUGAUUAGUACUAGAGAGAAAGUUGAAAUACUUAGAAUACAUUAUAAGCCUCAUCCUAGGUAGCCAUAUAAAAAUAUCAAUUUUAACUGUCUUCUGAACCUGUAUUCACAUUGGUUUUUCAAGAUAUUUUAAGUUAUAUUUUUCCUCUUUUCAGGGCUGCUUCUAUGGGACUUUUUUUUUUUUUUUUUUUUUUUUUUUGGUAAAUUGAGGUGUAAUUCACAAAGGGCUGCAUUUUUUGUUAAGGUUUUUUUACAACUAUGGUUCAGUGUUAUACUCUAGUCUUCCAAGAAGGGCCAUUUUACUUUAUAGAGUCACUUCUAAAGUCAUGUGGUCUUUAACUCUGGGGACUAUUUUGCAUAUGAAUGCUAAUUCAGAUUUAAGCUUAAGUCAUCACGUAUCACCCCAUGAAUGUUGACAAUGGAAGUAAUACCUUUCCUGUAGUUUCAGUUCUUGACUGAAAAACUGGAAGGAACUUCAUUUUCUUUUUUUGCACAUAUCAGGAAAACAGCUAUUGUGCAGUUACCUUGUUGACCUCAGCAGAUAAACUGGACUGAUAGUGUUAAUUCAGAUUUAAGAAAUUAUCUGAAUCUUGGUUUGUGUAGAUUUGUGAUCUACAUGCAAUAUUAACUAGAUUGGAUAGAUUUUACAUUUUCGUAUAUAUGCAUAGGCUCUUCCCACUCCUCAGCAUCCAUUAGUUUAUUGAACUUUGUAAGCUGGCAUUGAAACGUUAUAAUGUAUUGUUGCACCAGUUUUAUAAGCUUCUACAGUGCAAUACAUGUUAUGUUUCAGAGACAAACCAAAGGUUAAUUUCUCAAGGUUCUUGCUGUUUGCUUUAGCAGCAUUUGAUGGAGUUAUACAUUUAUAAUAGAUGAAAAAUAAACCAGAUUGCAAAUCGGUUUUUUUUUUUUAAAGCAAACCAUGUACCAAGUUUUUGGUCCAAAUUGUGUAGGAUAAGUUAAAUUGCAUUCUAUUAACCAGUAUGAGUGUAUUAUAAGUAUAGUUAUGUUGAAAUAAAGUGUUAAAAAGCA